CGCGCGCCUGCGCCCUGGCGUCCGCCGCGCGCUCCCCGCUCGGCUUUGACCUCCAGCCGCCCGGGAGAAGAUGGCCGCGCCGGUAGUGUCCGGGCUGUCCCGGCAGGUGCGAUCCUUCAGCACAUCUGUGGCCAGGCCCUUCGCCAAGCUCGUGAGGCCACCCAUCCAGAUCUACGGUGUCGAAGGUCGCUAUGCCACGGCUCUGUACUCUGCUGCGUCCAAACAGAACAAGCUGGACCAAGUGGAGAAGGAGCUGCUGCGAGUGGCGCAACUGCUGAAGGAGCCCAAGCUGGCGGCCUCCAUCCUGAACCCGCACGUGAAGCGCGCCAUCAAGGUGAAGAGCAUCGGUGACCUGACAGCCCGGGAGAAGCUGUCCCCAAUCACCACCAACCUCAUCAAUCUGCUUGCCGAAAAUGGGCGUUUGAACAACACCCCCGGGAUCAUUUCGGCCUUUUCCACCAUGAUGAGCGUCCACCGUGGCGAAGUCCCCUGCACAGUGACCACGGCCUCUGCCCUGCCCGAGGCCACGCUGUCUGAGCUCAAAACAGUCCUGCAGAGCUUCCUGAGCAAAAACCAAGUGUUGAAGCUGGAGGUGAAGACCGACCCGUCCAUCAUGGGGGGGAUGAUCGUCCGCAUCGGAGAGAAGUACGUGGACAUGUCUGCCAGGACCAAGAUCCAGAAGCUGAGCAAGGCCAUGCGCGAGGCGAUGUGAGCGCCGUCUCCCUCCGGGCUGCACCUGGCGGGGCAAUAAACUGCUUCCUGAACAGAACAGUCACGUCCGCUCUUUAGGGUCCGGCGUAGACCAACACCCCCACACACGCCAACCCCACCAGGAGUCACUUCUGGGCGCAAAGCCAGGAGUAACCCCUGAGCAUCACCAGGUGUGUCCCCCAAACUAAGACACAGAGAGCCCUUUAGGGGUUCAGAGUCUCCGACAUGCUCCGCCUGCUUGGCUGAACAGUCUCGUGAGCACCAGCUGGGGCACCCGGAGGCGGGCACUGCAGGCCUCUGUGCCGUCCCCCCUCAGCGAGCAGCCCCCUCCUCGUCAGCAUUCCCCUAGGCCAGAGGUUACGCCUUGUGGUUCUCGUGUCUGCUUCUUAGGAAGGCGUUGAGAGGGGCUACAGAUCGCAUAGCAGGGAGGGCACCUGCCGUGCACGCGGCCAGCUCGGGUUCAACCCCCGGCCCCCUCUGCUUCCCCGAGCCCACCAGGAGUGACUCCUGAGGGCAGAGCUAGGAGGAAGCCCUGAGCACCGCUUGGUGUGACCCAAAGAUCAGAAUAGCAAGAGUUGAGCUACUGCGGCCUGGGUUGAGGCUGGAUGGUUGGUGCUUUCUGGACCUUGUCCCAUUUCCUGCAUGGCCGAGCUGCCACGGGUCAGCUCAGGAACCUGCACAGCAACUGGAGGGCACCUUGGGCUUCCCCUGGUUCCCACGCAGGAGGCCCCAGAACCAAGUGUGUGAGCCCAGAUGUGUCUUAGUCUGGCCCCUCCCCCAGUUAAAUAUCAAAAUUCACUUUUUUCUCUGAAGAAAUCGAGAAGUCAGCCUAAUCUAGCGGGCCUCCAUUCUUCCUGAGCGAUGGGCUACUCCUAACAGCUGGGCGCGGGAGCAGGGGCUUCCCCCAGGAGUGCUUGGGCCCCACCCAGGGUAUCGGGGCUCACUCUGGCUCUGUUCUGGAGCACUCCUUAGCAGGCAGGAGGGGAAGGGGCUCGGAGAGCCAUAUGGGGUGCUGUGCCCCAGAAUCAAACCCAGGGUCAAGCACCCCCUCCCCCAGGUCGCCAGCCAAUCGGGAGGCUGCCAGCACGGGGGAGAGCGUUUCCCCAGGCUGGACGCCAACAGGAAGUGGCCUUUUGCCUUUCUGAUAAGUUGCCCCCAGGAGAUGCGACAGAUUUGACAGGUCUGCCCGGGGCCACGGGCUGAACAAGACCUGGGCAGUGAGCACAGUCAGGGCCAGGUCCUAGUCCCGGGACCAACAUGUUCCCCUGUCCGUCACGCCAUUGCUCCAGCCGUCACGUUUGGCUGAAAUGUGGGUCUGGCAAACCAGCUACGGAAUCAGCUGAGGUGACAGGCAACCCAGACACGUCACAGCCUCUCGCCGAAACUGCUCCUGGCCCCAACACGCGCUGACAAACGAGGCUGGACAUAGGGCCCCUCUGCUGGACACCACUGACCAGCCUCCCCUAUAGUCCCUGGCCGGGAAACCAAGUCACAGCAGCUGAGGGGAGAUGAGAUGCUGUCUGGGCCUCCCUGGGCUGCCUCACGAGCAGGUGUGCAGCCUCCCCAUGGCGUGCAGGUGGUGGGAACGGAGCUUCCUCAGGCCGAGGUAGGAGCCCAGUGAAUUUAGGGGCACAGUCGCCCCUCAGCAGCCUGCCCUACCUCAGACCGACCCGGGCCGUUAGCGCCAAGGAGGAAGCCCCUUUUGUGGAGCCUUGGGGCUCGGGGUCUCUGAGGGUGUGAUGGGACCCCAGCCAGGGCUGCUCGCACAGCAUCAUCCUGGAAGAUCACAGCUUCCUAGGCUCCGGGUGACCCUGCCGAGAGUAUCUUUGGGGAACCCUCUGGCCAUAAUCCCACCCUAGUCCUCCAGAUUCAAACUCCACAACGUGUCAACGGAGUAUAUAGAAAUGGGGCAGAAUGGCAAAAUGCUUCAAAUCCAGCUAUCUCUGGUAUAUCAGAGUUUACUUUGCCCCAGAAAUCAUGCAGUGAUUCUCUUCCUAGUUAGUACAGUGGGCCAAGGUCACCAUUUUAAAGCAACCUAUGCAAGAACCAUUUGGGGUUGUUUAAAUAAAUCCAGGAAGACUAGGAAACACGCUGACAAUGGGAUACUAUGCAGUCCUUGGAAAAUCAAGUUGUUGGGGCAGAGAAAUCGCUCAAUGGGCUGAAUACUUUGCAUUCUAGAGAUCCCAGAUUUGAACCCCAGCAUCACAUGGUCCCCUGAGCACAGAGCUAGGAGUGGUCCCUGAGCACUGCGUGGGUAUGACUGAGAAAAACGGACAAAAGAAAUCAAGUUGUAAAAUACAUCUGCUGGAUUUAAAAGAAAGCAAUCAAACAAAAUGUGAGAUGAUCUUAUGUAAAUUAUAUAGUUGAACAAUGCCCUGUGGAAGCUGUCAAGACAUCCUAGCAUUAAAUAGUACAAAAGCGUCUGAAGUGGAGACAGAGAGGAAGGAGAACACAAGAAUGACAGGCUCUCGCAAAUGUUAAGAUUUAUUUUCGUUUGGGAAAAAAAAAAUCUCCAUUAGGUGAUUUCAUUGUUUUGUAUUUUCUGUGCUAUUGAAUUUUCUGCAUUAUUAAGUAUUCACUGGAAUGAGAAGAAACACAAUAAACAAUUUGGGGUAAAAUAGUCUCUCGAUUACGCUGGC